AUGAAGUUCUCUACUCUCGUUUCUGUUGCAGCACUUGCUGCGUCUACUCUCGCUCAUCCUUUGGCCAAAAGAGAAGCCAAUACCACUGAGGCUGAUGUCAUUUCCACUAACAAUGACUUGCAAACAUCCCACGGCAAGCCCUUUGCCGUUUUCCAACCAAAGGUGUUCGUCAUUAACAUGUUUGAGUUUGAAGCCAAGCCAUGGUUAGAAGGUAUGGAAUUCGUGCACAACAUCACUAUUCCUGGCUUAUCUCCUCUUUAUCCUGCAAUCCAUUGUAACUCUGAUUACACUGUGUGCCAAUUGACCACUGGUGAAGGUGAAAUCAACGCUGCUGCUACCAUCAGUGCCCUUGGUUUAUCUCCAUUGUUCGACUUGGCCAAGACCUACUUCUUGAUCUCCGGUAUUGGUGGCGGUGAGCCUCAACAUACCACUUUGGGCUCUGUUACUUUUGCCAAGUACGCGGUCCAGGUUGCUUUGGAAUACCAAGUAUCUUACCAGGAAUUCAUCACCACCAACCCUAACUGGACUUCUGGUUACUGGGCAUACGGCACUGACAACCCAUGGACCUACCCAGGCAAUGUCUACGGUACUGAAGUUUUCGAGUUGAACGAGAAGUUGAGAGACAAGGCUGUCGAAUUGGCUGAAACUGCUGAAUUGAACAACGGUACUGCCCGUAACGUUGAGUUCAGACAAGAGUAUGACUUUGAAGCUGCUCAAGGUGCCCCAUCGGUCGUCAAAUGCGAUGUUUUGACAUCUGACAACUACUUCACUGGAAAUGUGUUGGGCGACUACUUCUCCUUCUACGCCUCUUUGAUGACCAACGGUUCUGCAACCUACUGCUCUACUGCACAAGAAGACAAUGCCUCUUUGGAAGCUAUCACCAGAUUGACCAAGGCUGGUCUCGCUGACUUCAACAGAGUCAUGGUGAUGAGAACCAUCUCUGACUUCUCCAGACCUCCUCCAUCUAUGGCUGAUAAGGCUGUUGAGUUUUUCAACAACCCUAACGAUGGUGGUGCUGACGCUGCUUUUGACAACUUGGUCGUUGCUGGCUUGCCUAUUGUCAAGGACAUUUUGGAGAAUUGGGAUGACGUUUACGCUGAAGGUUCCGAAUUCUCUCCAGAAAACUACACUGGUGACAUCUUCAACACUUUGGGUGGCACUCCAGACUUUGGUAAGUCCUCCUUCGAUGUCGCAUAA